CCGGUCACGCCGCUUCCGGCUGGUGGAGCGGUCACGUGAGCCCGCGCCUGCGCAGCGCGGCCUGAGAGCGAUGGUGGCGGAGCUAUGGUGGGUGCUGGCGCUGGCGCUGGCGCUGGCGGCAGAGCCAGGCCGGAAGGUGCAGAUCGGGGUGAGGCGGCGGCCGGAGGCCUGCGGGGUCCGGUCCCGGCGCGGGGACCUGCUCCACAUGCACUACACGGGCCACCUGGAGGACGGUUCCCAGUUCGACAGCAGCCGGAGCCGGGAUCAGCCCUUUGUGUUCUCCCUGGGCACUGGGCAGGUCAUCAAGGGCUGGGACCAGGGACUAUUGGGGAUGUGUGAAGGGGAGAAGCGGAAGCUGGUGAUUCCUCCAGAGCUGGGCUACGGAGACCGUGGGGCCCCCCCUAAAAUCCCAGGGGGGGCUGUGCUCAUCUUCGAGGUGGAGCUGCUGAAGAUCGAGCGGCGGCCGGAGCUUUAGGGCAAAGGGGGGGUCCCCAACACUGGGGAGACCCCAAUGUAAAGGGACCCCCCCAAAACGCAGGGACCAGGAGCACCCCCCCUUUUUAUGGGGGGUCCCCCCAAAGGUGGAAGGGGGGGUUUAAUAAAGAGCUGGUUGGA